AUGUUCACCAACGCCAGAAACCGUCAGUAUGACCUCUUGGUGCUUCUGCUUUUGUCUUUGGUACAUUUGACCUCUUCGUCUGAGACGACAAGCAUCACCAGCUUAAUUUCCCAAGUACCAAACUGCGCGCUGAGUUGCGUUACGGAUGGACUUAUCAAGGGGGGCUGCAAAUUGACUUCAGUCCCCAUCCUUACCGACUGUCUUUGCCCGAACAUCGAUCUCCAGGCAUCUCUUUCUACUUGUGUCCAACAGAGUUGCUUCUUCACCGACCAGACUCGUGCCGCACAGCUGCAGACUGACCUCUGCGUUGCGUAUCCGAAGCCAUCAAGAAGCAAGGAAGCGAAAGAUGUUGCCAUCGCCCUUUCCGUCAUCACAUUCCCGAUCGUCGCAUUGCGCUGCCUUGCCAGAUGGCUCGUCACACGAAAAAUGUGGUGGGAUGACUACAUGGUCAUUAUUGCCACGCUCCUGCUGGCCGUGAUGGCUGGUGUACAGAUCGCAGGCACUGAGCUGGGUUUCGGACUACACUACUGGAACGUGCAGCCUUCGAACAGCGUCACGCUCAUUCAGCUAUUUUACGCCGGGCAGCAACUUUACAUCCUUGUCCAGCUUUUCGCCAAGAUAUCCAUCCUGCUGCUAUUCGAUCGACUGUUCUCAUCAUCUCGCUGGUUCCACAACACGAUCCGAUGGUUCAUUCUGUUCUUGGUUCUGCACGGAGUCAUCUACAUGUUUCUCAUCAUAUUCGAGUGCACACCGAUCUCAUCGAUCUGGGACCUCAGCAACCCCGACCGCACCUGCAAGGACAUCACGGCGAUUGUGUACAGCGGAGCAGCCUUCAGUAUUGUUGAAGAUUUUGGAAUCCUCUUGCUCCCAGUGCCCGAAUUGCUCAAACUGCAACUCAGCACGAAGAAGAAAGUUGGACUGGGUCUCAUCUUCAGCUUAGGAUCAUUUGCUUGCAUAACAAGCAUGGUGAGACUAAAGUUUCUCAUCAAAUUCUCGGCGACCUACGACGUCACUUGGGAUAAUGUUGACGUGGUCAUCUGGUCUCUGAUUGAGGUGUUUUGUGCUAUCCUGUGCGCGAGCCUCCCUGCUCUGCGACCACUUCUGAAAACCAUAAGUACGAAGAUCUCCAGGAAGGGAACUAGUGAGGCGGCUCCGCUGAGACGAUCGAUUUACUACAGGAAACAACACUUCGAAGAGAUCACUGGAACUACUCGAUCAACCGGAACCGAGCUUUCACUGUCGCCAGUCGAUACAAGUAUUGGCGAUGAAAUAGCGAGAGAACUCGACUGGUGGGACAGGCUUAGUCUCAAGGGCAGUCUUGGCCCUUCAAAUAAAGUAUGA